UAAAGAGGUCGCGGGCGCACGCGCAGUUGGAAGCAGGUUCCUGGGUUAAGUGGCGGUGUGGGUGAGUUGGAUCCCGGUGAAGUCCCGUGGUUCCUCCGGUUUCCCACAUCGCCGCUGCCGCCUAGUUCUGCCCUCACCAUGUUCCUCACCCGGUCUGAGUACGACAGAGGUGUGAAUACUUUUUCUCCUGAAGGAAGAUUAUUCCAAGUGGAAUAUGCCAUUGAGGCCAUCAAGCUUGGUUCUACAGCUAUUGGUAUCCAGACAGCAGAGGGUGUUUGCCUGGCCGUGGAGAAGAGAAUUACCUCCCCACUUAUGGAGCCCAGCAGCAUUGAGAAAAUUGUAGAGAUUGAUGCUCACAUAGGUUGUGCCAUGAGUGGGCUUAUUGCUGAUGCUAAGACUUUAAUUGAUAAAGCCAGAGUGGAGACACAGAACCAUUGGUUCACUUACAACGAGACAAUGACAGUGGAGAGUGUGACCCAGGCUGUAUCAAAUUUGGCUCUACAGUUUGGAGAAGAAGAUGCAGAUCCAGGUGCCAUGUCUCGUCCCUUUGGAGUAGCACUGUUAUUUGGGGGAGUUGAUGAAAAAGGACCCCAGCUGUUUCACAUGGACCCAUCUGGAACCUUUGUACAGUGUGAUGCUCGAGCAAUUGGCUCUGCCUCAGAGGGGGCCCAGAGCUCCUUGCAGGAAGUUUACCACAAGUCAAUGACACUGAAAGAAGCAAUCAAAUCUUCACUCAUCAUCCUCAAACAAGUCAUGGAGGAGAAGCUGAAUGCAACUAACAUAGAGCUAGCCACGGUGCAGCCUGGCCAGAAUUUCCACAUGUUCACAAAGGAAGAGCUUGAAGAGGUUAUCAAGGACAUUUAAGGAAGUGUGAGCCUCACAACUUUCCAGGGACAAUUUCAGUUCUCCCGAUUGCCCUUAAAUUUUAUUUCCAGCUCCUAUUCCUUGGAAAAUCUCCAGUCUAUGUGCUUUUUUUUUUUUUUUUAAAUGAUGUCUGUACAUAAAGACAGUUCUGAAAUAAAGAAAUUUUAAGAUAUUUAGUAGACUGUUCUUUUAAAAUGCAGUCUUGUCUUGAAAUGCUUAUGUUAGUGGGCAAAAAAGAUAGUGAUAUUAAUGUCUGUUAAUACCUUAUUAAAGCUCCUGUUCUAAAAUUCUUUCAGUGGUCCUUAGAACAGCCAGUUCCAGCAGUGGACCCCUUGGUCUUGGUAAAUUAUCUCAAACUCAUCCAGCUCUUCUUGGUGGUUAGAUCAUGGUAAUACCACUGUAAGUCUACUUCAGUCCUGGGGUUUCUCUUAAGUAAAUAGGUAUUUUGCUGCUGUCCUUAAGGAAUAAGAUGAUAUUCACUGAUCAUCAAGGGCAUGAUCUGAGGCCCUCCUCAAAACAUUGACAGAUUGGAAUAAGCCACUUAGAGUGUUGUACUUACUAGUUCUUGUGUCUGAAUGAACAAUUUGGGAAGAGAUUUUCCUUUUUAUGAAGUUAAGGACUAUAGAAAAUCCACAAUCAGGGCCUCACUGGCAGUCGGCUACAAAUCUCAACCAAAUCAGUAAGAGAAUUGUAGAAUUCAGAAGCAGUUUACGUUAGACUGUUGGGAUGUGUUGUGACAUCUCCCAUUAGAGCUGCCAUGAUAUGGCUUGUUGAGAGUGUUAAAGAAUUUAACAAUUUCAGCCUCAAAAACAACCACAGAAAGUAGCUGUCAUUAUCUCUAAAUAGAGGAAUCUAAGGCUGUGGACACAGAAAUUAAGCUGUUGGGCCUUGAAUUCAGAUUUUGUGGUUUCAGAACACCUGCUUGUGUAUUAAUAUGGAAAUAUUAUGGAGAUUUGAGAUGUACUUGAGCUAAUUCAUGGAUGAUAUAGAAUUGAUUAAUUCAUAAAUGAGAGUUGAUUUACUAAUGAGGACGCCAGAACCACUUGCUGGGCUCCAUGUGUGGUCUUUAUUAGAAAGUGUACUCUGUGAUGUUUAAAUUGUGACUGUUUGAGUAGGCUGAAUUCAUACUAAGUUCAUCCUGUAAUUAAAGCAAAAAAUAAUGUGCUUAUAUGCAUUUGGAAACUGCAAUGACAGGAAGCAUUUGAAAGAAAGAAAUUGCACUAGAUGCACACAAGGACAGUAGGGUAUUAGAGUGUAUUGGCACCAUGUUCCAGAGAAGUCUGGUGAUUUUAUCCCUCUUAACAUUUUAUUAAGUCCUACUAGAGAAUAGCAUUGAAAAAUCCUGUCAGCUCCAGUUGAUUCCUUAAACAAAUUCAUUGAGCACCUAUCACCUAUAUACCAAACAGUGUAUUAAGCAGAGCUGUGAAAAUGCUAAGUACACUCUGCUCCUAGUGAAACUCACUGCUGGGAGGGGGAACCAGGAAGUAAACGAUAUUCCCUCUGACACUGUAGGUAGUACAGAAGAGGGCAAAGCACAUGGUGCUCCAGGAAGAGGAACUGUGUCUGGGCCACGUAUAUCAUUUUAGGGGAAAAAAUGCAUCUCCAGUUUAUGUGGUUUCCCUUCUGCCUGGACAAUGUGCAUUUCUGCCUGUUAAAAUGGUAAAUUUCAUGCCCUUAAUACUUAAUAAUGUACAUUCUCCAAAGAGAGCUUUGGUUUUGUGUUGAAUAUUAAAACAAGUUUCUUGUGCAGAAAUGAUUGAAGGAGAGGGUUUUAUGAUGUGUCAUCGCUCUCUAUUCAUCUUUGUGCCAUUGGAUGUAGUUCUGGAGAAAAAGGUAGGUUUUAGUAAUAAGGUAAAUUUGCAUAUUUUAGCCCUACACAGUAUGACCUUGUGUGCAGUUUUUCACAAAGGAGAACUGACUGCAACAUUUAUACCUAGUGCCUGUGUCAUAAGACAAAAGUGAGGGGCCGGCACCAUGGCUCACUUAAUCCUCUGCCUGUGGCACCGGCAUCCCGUAUGGGUGCUGGGUUCUAGUCCAGGUUGUUCCUCUUCCAGUCCAGCUCUUUGCUGUGGCCCUGGAAGGCAGUGGAGGAUGGACAAAGUGCUUGGGUCCCUGCACCCACGUGGGAGACCAGGAGAAGCACCUGGCUCCUGGCUUUGGAUCAACGCGCGCCAGCCGUAGUGGCCAUUUGGGGAGUGAACCAGCGGAAGGAAGACCUUUCUUUCUCUCUCUCACUGUCUAGAACUCUGUCGAAUAAAUAAAAAAAAUUAAAAAGACAAAAGUGAAAUACUAAAUAUUCACCCAAACAUUUUCGCAGGGCCACAUGCAAACUAACACCAUGUCCCCAGCAACCGUUAGAGUUUUAGGAAAUACAGUAAGCGUAGAUUAAGUAAAUGCAACAUAUCAAAAAUAAAGGUAAACAACCCAGUUGAGAUAGGCAAAGGAAAUAAACAGAUUUUUCAAAAGAGGAAAUCCAAAUGGCCAACAGACAAUUGAAACAAUGUUCAGGAGCACUAGCUGUCAGGGAAAUGCAAAUCAAAAUCACAAUGCAGUUUCACCUCACCCCAGUUAGAAUGGCUGUCAUACAGAAAUCAAUAAGUGCUGGGGGCCAGCACUGGUGUAGUGGGUAAAGCCACCGCCUGCAGCGCUGGCAUCCCAUCUGGGUGCUGGUUUGAGUCCUGGCUGCUCCACUUCCCAUCCUGCUCUCUGUUAUGGCCUGGGGAAGCAGUAGGAGAUGAUGGCCCAAGCCCUUGGGCCUCUGCACCUGCAUGGGAGACCCAGAGGAAGAUCUUGGCUCCUGGCUUCAGAUCGGCACAGCUCAGGUCUUUGAGGCCAACUGGGGAGUGAACCAGCAAAUGGGAGACCUCUCUCUGCCUCUCCUCUUCGCUCUGUGUAACUCUGACUUUUAAGUUAAAUAAAUAAAUCUUUGUAAAAAAAAAAAAAUGCUGGCAAGGAUGUGGGGAAAAAAGUUACCCUAAUACACUGUUGGUGGGAAUGUAAACUGAUAAAACCACUAAGGAAGACAGAAUGGAGGUAACCUCAGAAAUCUGAAUAUAGACCUAUCAUAUGACUCAGCCAUCCCACUCCUGGGAAUUUACCCGAGGGGAAUGAAAUCAGUAAACAAAAGAGUUAUCUGCACCUCAUGUUUAUUGCAGCUCAAUUCACUAUAGCUAAGACAUGGAAUCAACCUAAAUGCCUGUCAACCAAAGACUAGAUAAAUUAUGGGAUAUGUACACUAUAGAAUACUACACAGAAGUAAAAAAAAAAAAAUGAAAUCAUCAUUUGCAACAAAAUGGAUCAAUCUAGAAAACACCCUGCUGAGUGGAUUAAGCCAGUCCCAAAGGGACAAAUACCAUAUGUUCUCCCUGAAAAGUGACAACUAACUGAGCACCUACAAGCAAAUCUGUAGAAGUGAAAAUGACACUUCAAGAAGGGAUGAUUUGAGCUGCCCUUCUCUUGACUGUUGAGGAACAGGUUUUUUUUUGUUUUUUUUUGGGGGGGGUUCUUCAUACUAUUUGUUGAACUGUUAAAGUUAAUCGUGUAUAAAGUCAAUUGAAAAUAGAUCUCAGUAAAAAAUGGGAAUAUGGGAAGUUUGUAACUGUAAAGCUGUAUAGUUCUGCGUACAUUCCUAUGGACUUCUAAGUUUAAAAACUUGCCACAGGACCCCCAAAUCCCAUUAGGCUUGGUGGUAAAAAUGUCAUCUUAAGUGUUAAAGUGAACAUAUAGAUACGAUUAAGUGUUAAAGUGAUCAUAUAAAUAGGAUCAAGUGUCUGGUGAUAAUAGAAUUUAAAAGGAGAGAAUAUUCCAACAUGGGAAGCAGUCCACACAGUAGACUUAGAAUGACAACUGCUUUAAGUAACAUUCUUGACCUCAGAAUCAGCCCUUAAGGCUUCCUGGUCUGGCUGAAAAGCCUGUGAGAGCAUUUCAUGCAUGAAAAGCCAAGACACUGUGGCAAAAAAUGUUCUACAUGAAGGAUCUCUGAGAUCCCAGCAGAAAGAAGUGGCCUUCAAAGAAGGAUGUUCUUUUCUCUAAAGGGAGGAAAGAACUUAACUUUGUUUACAGCCUUGUUCAAAUACUGACAGAGUUUGUGGAUUCAAAAGGCUUCCAUAGCCUAAGCAGUUCAUGUCAAAAGCCUCGGAUGCUGGGGCCGGCACUGCGGCACUGCGGCACAGUGGGUUAAAGCCCUGGCCUGAAGCACUGGCAUCCCAUAUGGGCGCCGAUUCUAGUCCCGGCUGCUCCUCCUCUGAUUCAGCUCUCUGCUAUGGCCUGGGAAAGCAGUAGAAGAUGGCCCAAGUCCUUGGGCCCCUGCACCCAUGUGGGAGACCUAGAGGAAGCUCCUGGCUCCUGGCUCUGGAUUGGCACAGCUCUGGCUGAUGCAGCCAUUUGGGGAGUAAACCAGUGGAUGGAAGACCUCUCUCUCUGUCUCUACCCCCUCUCUGUAACUCUGUCUUUAAAAUAAACAAAAUAAAUCUUAAAAAAAAAAAA